AUGCGCUGGGCUUUUUCAGCACAGCCGGGCUCAUGGCCACCGCGGGCGGCCACGCUUCAAGCUGCAGCCCGGCCGGGGAAGCGGAGCGGCCUCACCCGCGGCCCUUCCUGAUCGGGGUGAGCGGGGGCACCGCCAGCGGCAAGUCAACCGUCUGUGAGAAGAUCAUGGAACUUCUGGGUCAAAACGAGGUGGACCAUCAUCAAAGGAAGGUCGUCAUCCUCAGCCAAGAUCGAUUCUACAAAGUCCUCACUCCAGAACAGAAAGCCCACGCCUUAAAGGGACAAUAUAACUUUGACCAUCCAGAUGCUUUUGACAAUGAUUUGAUGGAAACGACGUUGAAGAAUAUCAUUGAUGGUCAAACGGUGGAGGUCCCAACCUACGAUUUUGUGACCCAUUCCAGAUUGCCCGAAACAACGAUGGUUUAUCCUGCUGACGUCCUGCUGUUUGAAGGAAUCUUGGUCUUCUACAGUCAACAUAUCCGAGAUAUGUUUCAUCUCCGGUUGUUUGUCGAUACCGAUUCCGACGUCAGGUUGUCUCGGAGAGUCCUUCGAGAUAUGAAACGAGGAAGGGAUCUGGAACAGAUUCUGACUCAAUAUACGACGUUUGUCAAGCCCGCCUUUGAAGAGUUCUGUUUGCCGACGAAGAAAUACGCCGACGUCAUUAUUCCUCGAGGCGUGGAUAAUAUGGUGGCCAUCAACCUGAUCGUGCAACACAUCCAGGACAUUCUCAGCGGCGACCUCUGCAAGUGGAACAGGGGCGCCAUGAACGGACACGGCCGUUCGUCCAAGAGGCCCUUCCCUGAGCAAGCCGACAGCCUCCCCCUCCUGACGGCUGGGAAACGGUCACACCUGGAAUCCAGCAGCCGCCCCCACUGACCCCUUGGGGGGGGGCUUGGACCCUGCUUCUGGCCCAGCUGGACUUUGGAAACAUUGGGGGGGGUGUUUGCCUUUAAGAAGGCCCGCCUUUAUUUCGAAGGGGGCGGGGCGUUAGCUUUUCUUCCCUCCCCCCCAACAGUACCUGAGCAAGCCCUGAUUUGUGCCGAAAUCCCAGAAUAUACCAUGUGGGUGGGCCUUUCCUCCAUUCCUCUCUCUUUUCCUUCUUUCCUUAAUGCCUUCCUUUCUUCCUCCCUGUUCUCUUUCCAUCCCU